CGGAUAAUUUUUUUGUGUCCGCUUUGCUGGUUAGUGGUUAUUGAACGAGCUAUUUAUUUGCGACCUGUGUGGAAAAUAUUAAUUAUUGGGCCGCUUCAAAAAAUGAGUUAACUAACAAAUAACAGGAUAAUCCUUAUGGUGGACGUACGGUAUAGACCUGUUACCAACAUGCAUCUCAAUGGCGAUUCUAUGGAAAGUCCAGAUGAAAGCCAUGAAAUGCUCGAAACUGAAAACAGAGGGGUGGCUGGAAGGGUUGCAGACCUCGAAAGGAAAGUCUUGGAACAAGGAGAUGAGCUCGUAUGCCUUAAGGCCACCUUAGCGGAAGUCCUACGCAGACUGAACAUCCUAGAAGGCAUGAGAAAUAACUCCACAACACACUCGACCCCAUCAACGCCAGUUAGAAUAAACGGGAAUGGAUCUUAUAAGGAUUUACUAAGAAACAAAACUACCAGUUAUUCUGCCUCAAAAGUUGAAACCACUCAAAGAAAGUAUUCUGGUUCCUCUCUUCCUCAAAGACGAGCCGUUCACUAUCAGUCAACAGGGAGUCUACAUUCAGAUAGUCAAAGCUCAAGUAGUGUUAGUCCAAUACCUUCGCCUUCUCCAAGAGCGACUCCUCUACCUCUUAAUCUUAGAAGACCAAUAUCGGUUACUAGUAACAGUAGUUCAAGCACGCUUACCUCAAAUAAUUCCCUUCAUAAACGAUGGAGCUCUACAGGGGAUUUUAAUCAGAGCGGCGUCACAGGAAUGCAAAGCAAAUUUUCCACAAAGUCAUUUUUGAACUUAUUUAAAUCCAAUAAUAAUUUAUCCAGUCCCAACUACAAGCACGGGACGAAAGAUGCCACUUUUAAUGAAGAAGAGAAAUCGAUUAAAAUUUUUCUAAGGGGAAGGCCGAUCAUUUUGUAUGCACCAACAACCAUUGGCGAUAAUUAUGAUAUUACAAAGGUAUCCACAGCCCCUAUGCAAAGGCUAAAAUUAGACUGGGUAUACGGGUAUCGAGGCAGAGACUGUCGCUCUAACCUUUACUUUUUACCCACUGGAGAAAUGGUCUACUUUGUUGCCGCUGUAGUUGUUCUCUACAAUGUAGAAGAGCAGAAUCAGAGGCACUAUUUGGAGCAUACUGAUGACAUCAAAAGUUUGGCAGUUCACCCGAACAAAAUGUUAGUGGCCACUGGACAAAGCUCAGCAAACGACAAAGUCAAUGGCAGAGCCCACAUUAGAGUGUGGAACUCGAUUUCGCUCCACACAAUAGCCGUAAUCGGUAUAAACGACUUUGAAGUGGCCGUGUGUUGUUUGUCCUUUUCCAAAGCCGAUGGAGGCUCUCUUUUGGUCGCCGUUGACGAUUCAACUGAUCACACCAUAUCGGUAUGGGACUGGCAAAAAGGAGAGAAUGGCCAUAGAAUCACUGAGACAAAGUGUUCUGUGGAUACCAUAGUUGCAGCGGAAUUUCAUCCCUUGGAUAAAAACACUGUAGUGACCUGUGGUAAAUCUCAUAUAGCUUUCUGGACUUUGGAUACGGGCGGUACUCUGUACAAACGGAUGGGAAUAUUUGAAACUAGAGAAAAACCUAAGUAUGUUCUAUCAAUUGCGUUUUUACAAACUGGAGAAACUAUCACUGGUGAUUCAAACGGAAACUUGGCAGUAUGGGGUCGCGGCACUAAUACACUAUGGAAAAUGAUUAAAAGCGUCCACGAUGGAGGAGUAUUUUCGAUAUGCGUCUUGAAAGAUGGAAGUGUCGUAACUGGGGGAGGCAAAGAUAGCAGAGUUGUACAGUUUGAUUAUAAUCUAAGCAAGUCGAAUGUAAUUAGUCAAAUUGAAAGACAUUACGGAGGUGUAAGAGUUAUAUCGGAAGGAAGAGGCUCCCAACUGCUUCUGGGAACUACUAGAAAUUGUGUCCUGAAUGGUACUCCAGAAUUGGGAUUCCAACCGAUUAUUUUAGGUCACACUGACGACUUGUGGGGUCUAGCACCUCACCCUAAGGUCCCUCAAUUUGCCACAGCCGGUUAUGACCGUGUACUGCAACUAUGGGAAUCAAUGUCUCACAGUAUUUUAUGGAGCAAAGAUAUAGGAGAACAAGCUCAGAGCGUCGCCUUCUCACAUGAGGGCGCAGUCAUUUUGGUGGGAUGUGUUACCGGAAAAUGGAUGAUAUUCGAUGCUCUGAGUAGAGAAUUAUUGGGUCAGCACGUCGAUGGUAACGAACCAAUUCAAAUAAUAAGAUUCUCACCGGAUGGUUCUAUGGUAGCGCUGGGUUCCAGAGACAACCAAAUUUAUGUAUACCAAGUGUCCGAUGACGGUAUGAAAUAUAGCCGAGUAGGAAGAUGUGCGGGACAUUCUAGCUUUGUGACUCAUGUUGAUUGGGCUACGGAUAAUCAAACUUUGAGGAGUAAUUCCGGAGAUUAUGAACUUUUAUUCUGGAAUGCAGGAACCUGUCGUCAAAUUCCCCAAACCAGCCUGAUGCGUGACGUCGAAUGGGCUACAAAUACUUGCCCACUAACUUUUACCACUGUAGGCAUCUGGCCCGAAAACGCGGAUGGUACCGACGUCAAUUUUUGCGACCGAAGUAACGACAAGAGGCUGAUGGUCACUGCAGACGAUUUUGGAAAAGUUAAGCUGUUUAGUUAUCCCGUUAUACAACCAAAGUCGCUUAGUCAUGUCUAUGUAGGACAUAGCAGCCAUGUCACUUCAGUUACAUUUUUGCACGAUGAUUCUCGAGUUGUGUCCAUAGGUGGAAAGGAUACAGCAGUCCUGCAAUGGACAGUGUCUUAAUCAAACUGACAACUGAAGUGUGCUUAAACUACAGGAAAGAUUUUCCUUGCAUUUCGUUUUACAAUUAAAUAAAAAGAGGCCUUAUCAGUUAAUUGAAACAAUAUUUCGCUAUUGUAUGUUGAUAAUAAAACUGUGCUAUUUAUCGUCCAUUUUAAUAAUGAUUGUUAACAUUCCCAUUUUUUAAGUGUGAAUAUGUUUAUGUAUUUUAAAUUUUGAAAAACUCAUUGCAAAGUCUUUUAUUUCUGGUUAAAUUACAAUUUAUUGAUUAAGUUAAAUUAGAAAUGUUUUUUUUUUAUUUUGAACAAAAUUUGUGUAAGUAUACUUAACAAUUAAAACAAAUUGUGCCACGUUUUCUUAAAUCUUACAAAAUCCCAUUUUUAAAUAACGUAUGUAUAACAAAAAUGUAAUUUUAUUUAUUCGUAGGUAUAUUUUUCCGAUUACUCUCGUGUAUUAUUUUAUAAACUCUUUGUGUGAUAAUUAAACUACUCUUAUUCUGUUAAGGCGUUUCAUUAGCAACUUUUAAAAUUUAUACAUAAUUCAAAUAUGUAUUCGAAAAUAGGAAAAGGACGUCGACGAAAAAAUGCCAUCCACUAUAAGUUAUGUGUGCUAUUCGUGGGAACAUGCUGACCAUUGCAUCAUCGACAUAAGCAGUUUCCUGAGAAUUGUGUAUCUUUUAAACCAAGAUGCCCCAUGGGAAUAAACUAUGUCUAUCAACUUAGCGAGACAACUUCGAAAAAUCGAUUUUCCAUUAUGCCAAGAAUUUGCCGCUUUUUUGCCGCUAAUUAAAUGUGGAAUUAAAAAAUUUGCCGCUCUUUUGGUUUUUUCUUAAUUACGUGUUUUGCUAACUUGACGUCAAGAUAGCGAGACAAC